AUGCGUAAAGAUUGUGUUAUGCCCGCACUAAGCAUAAUUGAAUGUAAACAUUUUAGAAAUGAUGAUUUAUUAUUUAAAUUAACUGAUCGUUUAUUCACAAAAUCUGUUGAGACUGUUAAGGAAGCCGAAUUAACCACCGAAGAAUUCGCACUUUUAACGGCGAUAUUCUUCUCACAAUCAAGUAAAGAUUUGUUGGGGGUUUUAUUAAAGGCGCUGUAG